AUGGAAUAUAAGGGUUUCAAAUCGGGCAUUAUAAGAUUAAAUGAAGCGAGGUCUAUUUAUUACUCCGGUCAAACACUUUCAGGAAUCAUUAAUUUUGAAUUAGCAGAGCCCUUGACUUUCGCAGCCAUCAAAGUAGUCUACAUUAGCCAAGCUAUUGUUAAAUGGUCAGAACGGCAAGUCGAGAAAUAUUCAGGAGCAGAAAGGGUUCGCGAGAUUGACUAUUUUGGAAGAGAUAUUUACUUUAGCACUGAACAAUUACUUUGCGGUGGAUCAGGUCCUACCACUCUGCCACUUGGAUCGCACUCCAUCAACUUUUCGUAUCAAAUACCGUUUAAUACUCCAUCUUCAUUUAAAGGCAGUAAAGGAGCCGUGUCUUAUAGAGUUAUAGCCAUUUUAGAACAUCUGGAUUUGAGGAAAGAUGAAUUAAGUACAGACUUUGAAGUUAUAGCUCCAUUAGAUUUAAACAAUUUACAAGAAGCUAAGAAACCUACUGUCUUAGAAUUUGAAGAGGUAUCAACAUGUAACUGCUUUUGUCAAGACAAAAUGAUUAGAGUCAAAAUCGUUUUGCCCCUGUCUGGUUACUGCCCUGGACAAAUGAUGCAGAUCAAAAUUGAUUCCAAGAAUGAUAGCAGUGUGGAAGUCAGGAAAAUUAUUUUUCAGUUUACUAGGAGAGAAAGAUACCAUUCUCAGCAGCCAAUAUCAACAUAUGUACCACCAGAAGCAAUACUAGAGACACUGGUUCAAGGACCAAUUUUGGCGAAUACAAAAAGAUCUUUUACUUGUCAGAUGAGGGUACCAGAUAUUAUAGCAUACAAUCUUGAGAAUUGCCAAAUCAUUGAUUUGGCUUAUUUUUUAAAGGUUAAAAUAAAAAUGUCUGGAUGUGCUGAUGAUCUUCAAGAUGAGAGUGAGUUGUGCAUUGGUUUAGUACCCCUAAGGGAAACAGUAAAUGAGUCCUAUAUACACCCUCUAUCCUAUCUACUACCACAGUCAUCUCUGCCUGAUCCUAACAACAUUGCGGAUGUGCCUAAAUUCACAAUGCAAAAUACUCACAUACCCCUAGCAUCGUCUACCCAAAGUAUUGAUAGAAAUUCUCAAAGCUAUCAAAUAGGUUUUAAUGUACCUGAUAUUAACAUUGUUCCGCCCUACCCAGUCAUGGCUAACACAAUGCCACUUCCAACAAAUUUCCCAAUGCCUAGUGCUCCGCCUUUACAAUAA